GGAAAAACACUAAAGGGGUAGCUAUGGAGAUGGAGCGUUUUCCUGGCUGCUUUCUUUGACAGGUGUUGAGUGGGGCAAAAGUCUUAAAACAGAAUUCAGCAUGUACGCCAAAGGUAAAGGAGCUGUCGUCCCUUCCGAUAGCCAAGCGAGAGAAAAGUUAGCUUUAUACGUCUAUGAGUAUUUACUGCAUGUUGGCGCACAGAAAUCCGCACAGACUUUCCUGUCAGAGAUCCGAUGGGAGAAGAAUAUCACACUUGGGGAACCGCCAGGAUUUUUACACUCAUGGUGGUGUGUAUUCUGGGAUCUGUACUGCGCCGCCCCGGACCGGCGGGAGACAUGCGAACAUUCCAGCGAGGCCAAGGCUUUCCAUGACUAUAGUGCGGCUGCUGCUCCCAGUCCAGUGAUGGGCAACAUGCCACCCAAUGAUGGCAUGCCAGGAGGACCCAUGCCCCCUGGCUUCUUUCAAGGUCCUCCAGGAUCUCAGCCUUCCCCUCACACACAGCCCCCGCCUCACAACCCCAGCAAUCCCAUGAUGGGACCCCAUGGACAGCCAUUCAUGUCUCCACGGUACCCAGGUGGCCCCAGACCCUCCCUCCGAAUGCCAAACCAGCCUCCUGGGAGCAUCCCAGGUUCUCAGCCCCUCCUUCCAAACAGCCUAGACCCCACUAGACCUCAAGGACAUCCAAACAUGGGAGGUCCAAUGAGAAUGAAUCCCCCACGAGGAAUGGGAGGCAUGGGCCCACAGAACUACGGCGGAGGGAUGAGGCCUCCUCCAAACUCCAUGGGACCGGGGAUGCCAGGGAUGAACAUGGGUCCUGGUGGAAGAGGUCCGUGGCCAAACCCCAACAAUAAUUCAAUAGCCUAUUCAUCCUCAUCUCCAGGAAACUAUGUGGGCCCCCCUGGGGGAGGUGGACCUCCAGGAACUCCAAUCAUGCCCAGUCCUGGAGAUUCCACAAAUUCAAGCGAAAACAUCUACACAAUGAUGAACCCUAUUGGUCCAGGUGGAAACAGACCGAGUUUUCCAAUGGGACCAGGUCCGGAUGGACCCAUGGGUGGAAUGGGAGCUAUGGAGCAGCAUCAUAUGAAUGGAUCACUUGGCUCAGGUGACAUGGAUGGGUUGCCAAAGAAUUCGCCUAACAAUAUGGCGGGCAUGAACAAUCCCCCCGGCACUCCGCGGGAUGACGGCGAGAUGGCAGGCAACUUUUUAAACCCAUUCCAAAGUGAAAGUUAUUCACCCAACAUGACGAUGACCCCUGGGGAUUCCCCUGGAAAGCAGGACUUCCCUUCGGGCCCCACAUCCCACUGCCUGUAAAAUGGGUGUGAGAGCCUGAAAGGGUCUCCAAACAGCAGGAAGGACCUUCUCUGUUUAUCUACUGCAUUGAGAGCCUGCCUCUCCUUCAGCAAGAACCUUCUCAUGUAGGCCACCCAGGAUUGCACUCUUCAUUAAGCUUUUGCCCUCCCAGAUGCCACCAUCACACCAUGCAGAUUAUAAAUGCGGGGGACUUUGCAGCUGUUGACUCACAUGGGACUUUUCGAAAACUCUUUUCCUAUGGCAGACAUUUCAAAAGGAUGAACUGGCAAUGUGAUGUCAGGACAAGUUUCAUUUAAUAUUUGUUUUGUUUUUGGGUGAUAAUAUUCUAAUUUUAAUAACUGCUACCAUCCAGCUAAUGCAGGUAUGAUUUUCCUGUUAAAGGGCACAUUGUAUCUCAGCAGCAGCACCAAUGAAAACAAUGGAAGCACACACCUGAGGAAUGCACAAUGAUUUUCUGUUUACAUGUUAUGAUGUUGUCUGUUGUUUGUUUUUGUCUCAUUGUGUGGCUCUCCAUAAAACUGCAUUUCAAGGUACAGUGUGCCUUCCAGAUGGUCUUCAUGGACAGGCAAUCGGCUGUCAUCUGAUGAAGAUGUGGUUGAAAGAAGAGAGCUACUUGUUCUGGUACAGGUUGCUUGCUGGUGCACAUGGAUGAUCAUCUGUCUUGUCUUAAAAAAAACACCCCUCAAACAACUGUGUUUCACUUGCUGGAGAGUAGCUGAGCUGGGAUGCACUGACAGUCCGGACGGGAACUGUUUCGGAUAACUCAAUAACAAAGCAGGACAGCAGUUUGUGGAUCCUAGAUUUCUUCUACUCUAUAAAUAACAACAGGUUUCGGCUUGUGACGUGCUUGUCUUCUUGUUAUUUACAAGUUGUUAGUGAAUCCUUAGAUCUGGUUAGUUUCUCUCUCUCUCUCUCUCUCUGUCUUCUGGACACCUAUGUGGCUACGUUUUCAUCUGGGAUUUAAUCAAAGAUCUUGUCAGUGUCAGAUUUUUGGACUGGUGGAUCACUUUAAACCUUGUAAUACACUCACAAAGCCUAUCUUGCUUUGAAUUAGCAGGUAUAAGAUUCUCAGGGUAUGAUAACUAUUGUUAAAAUCCUGCAGCGUCACAAUGUUAACACCAAAAUAUUAAAACAAAACUGUUUAGCAUGAUGUCAUUGCUUUAAUUCAAAACUGAAAAGCAACAGUUAUUUCUACUGCUGCUAAAAUAUAAGCUGUUAGUUAUUCCCCUUAUAUAAAGUUAUUUGUAGUAUUUAAGCAUUGUUAUUGGGAUUUCAUUUAAUCAAAAAUAUAGAAUAAACAGGUCUUAUUUUGCAGAACAUAAUAGCUUUUAUUUCUUCCGGCUCUUUAUAUAGGUAUAGCAACCAAUAAUUUCAUAACAGCUAGAUCUGACCAUAUUUAAUGUAAUAAAACCAAUAAUAUAAAAAGCUGGAAUCUUGUUAAAAAGACCAUAGCAACAGUAAAAAUGUUGCUAUUUAAUUCUGACAUUUUCAAAAGCUUAACUUUUUAAAACCUCGGUAUACCUUGAUACAGUCAACUGGUCCAUGCCAAUCAUUCAAUCGGAUGAACCCCUUUUAGACAAUGCAGAUUAAAUGUUCACUGAACCAGCUCCUUUGGCCAGAUCCUUCGAUUUGUGGUGAUGGACUCCCUCAGAUGAUGCACCUUGAAUUUUGCAGAUGUAGCCAUACCGGUCUAAAGAAGAGGAACAACCAUAGGAAACUCUGAAAAUGAUUGUUUAUUUUCAGUUGCCUGCUUUCAUUUUUUCUUUUCUUUUUAAUGUAUGUGGCAGAAAUUGCAGCCCAUCUAAUCUUUACUCAAUGUUAAACAUGGUUACAUAUCAAACUAUUUAGGCCUUUUCCUAUAUGUUCUGUUGCUCCAAUCAAAAUGUCUCUUCAUCAUUCACAACAGACAAUGAGCAAUCAACAGCUGGAGCCCCUGUGGGUGAUAGUGACAUAUUUAUGUUUCCUGAUAUCAGUGUAAACAGGGAUAUUUCCAGAAUUUGGCAAUCACUGGCCUGGGAAUCAGUCUGCCCUUCCUUUAGAUUUAGCGACACACUUCCUUCUUUCCUCUUCCUCCCACAACAACCCUUCUUUCAUUUUCUUUAUUAUUAUUUUUUUGUAAAUACUGUAAAAUGCAUUUUGAUAUCAUUGACAUGUUUUUGAUAUGUCAGUCACUACCAAUGAAUACAGCUGAAAGUAAAUUAUAAAUAAAACUGUUCAUGUUUUUUCAUAGAGAAAAAGAUGCGCUAACCCAACCAUUUGGCUCACGUGGCUAAGUUUAUAAGAUACUGUAAAGUGACUGAAUGUGUAAAUGACAGCAACCUGGUGAAGGUGUGGUAAGGGAGGACAGGACAGAAAGAGGACAGGAUGGAGAGAUGCAAAACGAGCCGAGGCGUCCUUCGCUCUGCCCCUUUACUUAUUUUCUUAUUUCAGUCUAAUGUAACUGUUGGCUUUGAAAUAGAAAAAUCCUGUGCCUAAGUUUUCCAAAGGGCAUCUUCUGACAAAAGACAUGUGACUUCAUGUUGCAGUAAUAUGAAUGAUUUCUAUCAAAAAAAGGAUAUCAUGAUUAUAAAUUAAGAGUAAAUCAAAAUCAGAAAUAUAGGAAAACUGUGUUCUUUGCUAUUCACUCCUGUUAUAGCAUUGUAUAGUUGAAAGCUCUGUCACUGAUCCUCUCUCGGUCCUCUGUGUAUAUUGAUCGUUGGCCAUCUCUGUACUUCUAUUGUGAUGUAUAAUACUGUACCAUUAGGAAGAUUUGCUGGUCGGGUGGGCUGGUUGUUUUACUCGGGGAGAGUUUGGAUUGAACCAUUCAUGGUCCUCUCAGAUGACGCGGCAGUAUUCAAUAUGAAGCAGUCUGUCUCUUGGGUUUGCUUUGUAUUUUAUGGUAGGAUAGUUGAGAAUCUUGUCUUAGGGACUUAGGUGUCUUGUGUAGGUAAUAAAGAUGUUCUUUGUAUGUUUCUUUAUAUUGUAAAGUUUCUUUAGACUGAAAGAAAAACAUAAUUUGCUUAUAAAAAAGAAACAAUGCAUCAAUAAUAAAUGUAAUUUGAUUUUU